AUGACAUGCUCAACAUAUCGAUCGAUUCUUCCACCAUCAUUCAUUUUUCUAUUCCUUCUAUUCACCGUAUCCCUAUGCCAGAAUGCGUUGAGUCUAGCCGAAACGAAACAUUCGUGUAUGGCGUUAAAAGCAGAUAUCGGUGGAGGAGGCGGAUGUGUUUGUAAACAAACGAAAAGGUACAAGCAACCCGAGUGUUGUUGUAUGGGAUGGGAGGUGUCACAGUUGUCGGACGACUUGGUUGAGGAUGUCGGCUAUUUAUACCUCCACAACACCUCCAUCACCGAGAUCACGCCCAACUUUUUCGAUGCCUACCCAUCGAUUCGUGAGCUAGAAAUCGACAACUCGGUCCAUCUCGAGCAUAUCGACGGAGUUUCCUUCACCGUUUUGCCUAAACUCCGAAAACUUUCCGUUGUGAGAUGUCCGAAUUUGCGAGAGAUUUCCGGGAAACUAUUGGUGAAUAACACGAAGAUUCAGACUGUGAUAUUGAAGAAUAACGGACUUCGCACAAUGCCAUCACUCAGAAUGACAGAUUCACAUCAUGUUACUGUAGAUCGGAUUGACUUGUCGCAGAAUAAGCUAAGACUCAACAAUAACCCAAAUCUUAGAAGUCUUUCAGUCGACGCUUUUAAGAAUAUGGGCGGUCUGCAAACGUUGGACUUGUCGCAUACCUCCAUCAGCACUUUACCUAUAAACGGGCUGAAAAAAUUGAAGACGUUGGUACUGAACAAUGUGCCAACCCUCAAGCGGCUACCGAGUGUUCUAAGUUUUACGGAUCUGGAAACCGCACACUUCACCUAUCCACAUCAUUGUUGUCUUUUUAAGUACGUCGACGAUGUGACUAUGAAUGAUAAUGGUAAAUACCAACGUAACGCGAAGGAAAUCCACAAGAGAAUUUGCGAGAAGCGGGAGCAACAGAAGAUGGCGAGACGGAAGAAGCGAGAGACUAAAGUGGACUUUUUGGAAAUGUUGUUGAGGGAAUGGACCGAUAAUAGUACUUAUACGGGACCGGAUGACGCGGAUGAGGAUGAGUUGCCGCCCUUCACCGAAAUCGGAGCAGAACCCUGCCAAUCUAUCGGAGAAGAAGUCCAAAAAUACUACUCGAACAUCACCUGCUACCCCCAGCCAGACGCCUUGAAUCCAUGCGAGAAUAUCGUCGGUUACCCAUUCCUCCGUAUCGCUGUAUGGGUUGUCUGUCUAGCAGCUAUCGUUGGUAACAUCAUAGUAUGGGUCUUGUUAGGAAUUGUCUAUGAGAAACGGAUGAGGAUGCAUUACCUGUAUAUGAUAAAUAUGUCGGUGGCGGAUAUGUUUACAGGAGUCUACCUAGCAGUCUUGGCUAUAGCUGAUGCGAAAAUGUCUGAUGAAUACUACCGACACGCUGUCUGGUGGCAGACUGGAUGGGGUUGCCGAGCUGCUGGAUUCCUGGCGGUUUUCGCGUCAGAGCUCGGCAUUAUUUCCAUGUUUCUAAUAGCUUUUGAGAUGUCUUACAACACACGUCAAUCGUUCCGUGGGCGGAGACUCAGCCCAAAAGUUGGAGUGCUUUUGAUGAUUGGAGGAUGGCUAUUUGCUAUCAUUAUGGCGAUUCUCCCUUGGUUCGGAGUGUCUUCCUACUCGGAGAGCAGUGUUUGUCUGCCGUUAAAGGCUACGACGAUGUUUGAUAAGGGUUACUUGAUUUUCGGGUUGAGCUUCAACUUUUUGGCGUUUGCGGCAAUGGCGUUGUCAUAUGGGUUUAUUGUGAAGAUGUUGAAGGAAAACGAAACCCGCGAAGAAGAUCGCGCGCUCAUCACCAAAAUGACCGUACUCGUCGUCACCGAUUUGAUCUGCUGGUUCCCAACCCUCUUCUUCGGAUUCACCGCCACAAUCGGCUUCCCCUUAUUAUCCCUCUCCUCCGCCAAAUUCGUUCUCGUCUUCUUCUUCCCAAUCAACGCGUUUGCCAAUCCAUUUCUCUAUGUUUUCUUUACUGAGGUUAUUCAACAUCGUGUAAGGAGUAAAACCCUUCCAGUCAUCCGACGGAUCACCACUGGUCCCCUGAAUGCAGCGAGCUCCUUAUCCAAUUUUUAUCACUCACAACCUCCUGGAGCUCAUAGGAGAAGUCGAGAUGAGCAAACGAGCCCGUCAGGAAUGCACUUGGCAGUUACCCAGACGACAUCUCUGAACAGCACUCCACGUGGCUCGAACGUCUCUUCACGCGCUUCUGACGCCAUGCUUUUCGAUUAUGACACUAGACGUGGAAGUGCCUCUCCCAGAGUGUCCUUCGACAUCCCUAUCUCACCGACCACGCCCAGAUCAGAUAGAAAAAAUCGGAUAUCAUUCCUGAAACGGAUUGUGUCGUCGGUGCCAGAAGUGUCGGAUCUAUCAGAGCACUCAAGUGAAAGUCAUCAUGAACAUGUGCCUCAUCCACGGAGAAAAUUGAGAUCCUCGUUGAAUCGAAUACUGACGUUGGGGAGGAGACAAGAGGGAUCGGCGGAUUCUGGAAGAGGAUCGAUUGCGUCGUCGGCGGGAUCGCGUGACCAAAACGAGCGUGUCUCCCUGACCAGCAACACUUCCUCUCUUCUCAUCAGUCCCCUUUUAUCUCUCCCCUUCACCCAUACAAACCCAAAUAACUUGAUUCUCCCUCCUGACUCCGCCUCCUCAUCGCCAUCUUCUAACAAAAAUCGCCGUAAAUCGACACCAGCCAUACCACUUCUUGUAGUUUCUGAUUGCUCUUAG